AUGGCUUCUGCCUAUGGGGACUUCCGUCACUUGCUACCCAGCAGCUACAAACGCCUGAUUACCUCCUGGCUCGAAGAGGACUGUCCCAGUUUUGACUAUGGCGGUUUCGUCGUUGGGGAGUCAGACGGCGAAGCAAGGUUGUUGGGGAAAGCUAAGGGAGUCGUUGCAGGUGUCCCCUUCGUCGAAGAAGUUUUCGCCCAGUUAGGAUGCACCGUGGAAUGGCACGUCCGAGAAGGCGAGCCCAUUGAACCCAUCAAACAUUGCGCCACCGUGCGCGGGCCCAUCCGCAAGAUCCUCCUCGGAGAACGUGUCGCCCUCAAUAUCCUCGCCCGGUGUUCCGGUAUCGCAACAAAAAGUGCCUCGCUAGUAGCUGCUCUCCGUACCCACGGAUGGCGCGGAACACUUGCUGGCACCCGUAAAACCACGCCUGGAUUCCGCGUGGUUGAAAAGUAUGGAAUCCUUGUUGGAGGCGCUGAUCCACACCGCCAUGACCUCAGUUCGAUGACAAUGCUAAAGGAUAACCACGUCUGGGCUUGUGCAAAUAACUGUGCGGCUAAGGAUGGGGUGGGUCCUGCCUCGACCGAGUCUGUCGCGGCUGCUAUACCUCGGGCGGUUCAUGCAGCUAAGGUGGCUGGAGGCUUUGCGACCAAGGUAGAGGUUGAAUGCCGAAGUGUCGAGGAGGCAAAUGCGGCUAUUGAGGCUGGGGCGGAUGUGAUCAUGUUGGAUAAUUUCACUCCGGAUGGUGUUCGCGAAGCAGCUAAGCAACUUAAGCAAGAUUGGGCUGGCAAGAAGCAAUCCUUCCUCAUUGAAGUAAGUGGUGGGUUGAACGAGUCCAACGCUGCUUCGUAUGCCUGCUCGGACGUCGACAUUAUUUCCACUAGCUCGAUUCACCAGGGUGUCGGAAUUGUGGACUUCUCUCUCAAGGUUUCGCUGCGGUGA